UCAAAACCAGAUGCAGACACCGCCUGAUGGACGGAGCAAUGAGCAUACGCUCAGCAAAGACAAGUCCUCUUUAACUGGUAGCAAGUUUCCUCACGCUUUGCCUGUUUCUCACUUUGCAGAGUUUUACCAAGAUUUGCUGAUUGAUACGAGCAAAAUAGACGCUAAGAGGGCCGGUACUGCUCCGGUAAUUGGCUGUGAUUGUAAAGUUAAGAUCGAUCUCUUGGACUUGGGUCAACAGCACUAUCCACGCUAUCUCAUGAAUGCAGUUUGUCAAAAUAGCCAAUCACCUAAUCAAUAUCCGCAGAAAUGUUGGCGCGGUUCCUACUGCAAGCCAUUGGAGUACAAAGUCAAAGUACUCACACCACGCUCCUUAUUGGAACCGACACAAAACGAUCCGGCGUUGGCUUGGUUACCCGAUGAAUUGCGACAAGAGUGGAAAUUCAAGACAGUCACUGUGGCGGCUGGUUGUUUUUGUUCAUACUGA